AUGGCUGCAGCUAAGAAGCCUGUCCUCUACUAUUUCGACCUCGGCAGUAAAGGUCGUGGCGAAGUCGUCAGGCUCUUCCUGAAGGAACUCGGCAUCGAGUACGAGGACAAGCGGAAUCCUUACGACGCCACGUGGGGGGAGCUCAGCAAGAAGUACGAGGCUCAGGGCCUUACUAUCACUCGCAAAUUGCCGUCGCUGGAUAUCGACGGCCAUAUUUUGUCCCAGCACGUUCCUAUCCUGAGAUAUCUCGCACGGUCUGUGGGCGCCUACGACGGCACGACAAACUAUGAGAAGUGGCUGGUGGAUGCUGUUGCCGACACCUACAUUGACUGGAGGGCCCUGUGGGUGACCAACCUGACCGAGAACAAGCCCGAGUACAAGACCACCACGGUCCCUCUUUACCACGGGAUCUGGGACAAGUUCUACUCCCAGCACCCCGGGCCGUAUCUUCUUGGGAAUACAGUCACGUACGCCGACUUUGCCAUUUUCCAGGCGCUGGAUAAUGACGAGGUGCUCGGUUGGGGUCCCGCCUCGCUCCCGGAGAGUCUGAAGGCGUUGAAGGCUGCCAUUUCCGAGCGUCCGAAUGUCAAGGGGUACAUAGCGGCGAGAAGUGCUUGA